AUGCCAAUUAUUAAUAGUCACGGUGUCCACUGUUCGGCGAGACUUCUUGUUCCGGUUCGUGACUGGGGCCCAGCGUCUCCCCUUAACGUCAGCGAUGCGUCCAAACAGCGGCGCGCCAAGGACGGCCCCCAAGAACAGGCCGCCGCCAAAGGGUCUCAAGACGUGGAUGGCCAGCCGGAUACUUUUAAAGGAGCUCUUCGAGAUGCUGACGACCAUACUUCGCCGCGUGCACGUGUAGAGCACGAACUCGGCCGCAUUGAGGGCCCAGCUGAAGCUUGUGAGGAGCAACAGUCGAACGAAGAACCAGGAGGACCGGGCCUCGAGUGA